CAGCCGUUGCUCCAGGUCUCCCCCGUCCCCGGGCCCAAGAUGACACCCAACAGCACCAGGGAGGUGGCCAGCACUGUUCCUGUGGGGGCCUUUGGGCUCUCCCUGGUCCUGGCAAGCCUCAUCGUCGUGGCCAACCUGCUCCUGGCCCUGGGCAUUGCUGGGGACCGGCGCCUGCGCAGCCUGCCUGCUGGCUGCUUCUUCCUGAGCCUGCUGCUCGCUGGGCUGCUCACAGGGCUGGCACUGCCCACACUGCCAGGCCUGUGGAGCCAGAGCCGCCGAGGCUACUGGUCCUGUCUCUUCCUCUACUUAGCUCCCAACUUCUCCUUCCUCUCCCUGCUUGCCAACCUGCUGCUGGUGCAUGGGGAGCGCUACAUGGCAGUGCUGCGGCCUCUCCGGACUCCUGGGAGCACUCGGCUGGCCCUGUUCCUCACCUGGGCCGGCCCCCUGCUCUUCACCAGCCUGCCUGCUCUGGGGUGGAACCACUGGGCUCCUGGUGCCAACUGCAGCUCCCAGACUGUCUUCCCAGCCCCCUACCUCUACCUUGAAGUCUAUGGGCUGCUGCUGCCUGCCGUGGGUGCUGCAGCCCUUCUGUCUGUCCGUGUAUUGCUCACUGCCCACCGCCAGCUGCAGGACAUCCGCCGGCUGGAGCGGGCAGUGCGCAGAGGGGCGCCCUCAGCCCUGGCCCGGGCCCUUACCUGGAGGCAAGCGAGGGCGCAGGCUGGAGCCACACUGCUCUUCGGGCUAUGCUGGGGACCCUACGUGGCUACCCUGCUCCUCUCGGUGCUGGCCUAUGAGCAGCGCCCACCACUGGGGCCUGGAACUCUGUUGUCCCUUGUUUCACUGGGCAGUGCCAGUGCAGCAGCCGUGCCUGUGGCCAUGGGGCUGGGUGACCAGCGCUACACAGCUCCCUGGAGGGCGGCUGCCCGAAGGUGGCUACAGGUGCUGCGAGGAAGAGCCUCCCGGGGCCGUCCUGGCCCCAGCACUGCCUACCGCACCAGCAGCCAAAGCAGCAUGGACCUGGACUUGAACUAGGGGAAGAGCCUCUGCUCACUCCUCCUAGAAGCAUCCAUCUCAGCUACCAGGCUUGUCCGUGUCCGCACACCUCUGGAUCAGAGACCCCGACCCUUUUUACCACACCCUGGUAAAAUAAAGCUCCUCUGGC